GUACUGCACAGGUACACCGGAGCAGGUCAUUCGCCCGAAGCCUGAGCAAUCACUUUUUAUCUGCCAACGCUAACGCGUUCGGCUUGUCAGUCUUACCGGGCUUACCCACGAAAUCGCACAGAACUCGCGCGCAUACGCUAAUAAAAUAUUUUCCGCGGGACCUUCGUCGGAAUUCGCUAAUUUUUCGAUCGCAAUGGAGAAGUCACUGGUUGUGAUUACGCUCGUUUCGCAGAUUAUUCACCUGGUGAAAGGGUUCCACCCGCUAACGGUCGGACUUUGUGCGGUGGUGAUAAUAGUCGUUUUCUGGGCCACCUCCACCUCCGGAGGAGAAGGUGGCAGCAGUUUCAGGACUACAUUGAUAAGCAAAACGAAAAAAUCGGUGACCGUGAAAAGCAUCCAGUACUAUGUGAAUCAACUACCAGGACCGACCAGUCUUCCGCUGCUGGGAAACUCGCUUAUGCUGGCGACGGAUCGGGAAGAAAUGUUCAACCGACUAAUCGCAGUCCGCAAGCUGUACGGCCGCAAGCAGGGCCUCAGUCGCAUCUGGAACGGGUCGGUACCGUAUGUGAUCGUAUCGAAAGCCGCCGUCGUAGAACGCAUCCUCAGCAGCAGCGUUAACAUUGAGAAAGGACGAGACUACAACUUUCUCCGACCGUGGCUUGGCGAUGGGCUGCUAACGUGUCCCGCUUCGAAGUGGUACCGCCGUCGGAAGGUGCUGAAUCCGACCUUCAACUAUAAGAUGCUUUCGGAUUUUUUGGAAAUUUUCAAUCAGCAGUCCCGAACGAUGAUUAGAAUUUUGGAGAAGGAAGUUGGAAAUGAGGAAGGAUUUGAUUGCACAAGAUAUGCGACGCUGUUCGCACUGGAUGUGCUUUGUGAAACUGCAAUGGGAUGUUCCAUUCAUGCUCAAGAACAAUUUGGAUCGGAGUAUGUCAAAGCACAUGAAGAAAUUGGACAAAUUAUGUUAGAUCGUCUUCAAAAUAUUUGGUUGCAUCCCGAUUUCAUUUUCAAACGUACCGAAAAAUACACACGUCAAAUGGAAUGUUUGAGAAUCCUGCACGGAUUUUCAGAAAAAGUCAUAAGACAGCGACGUCUGUUACAUCAACAAAAUUUACAAUCUUCAUUAGCGGAGAAAUCAGAAAUCGGUCAAAAGCGUCAGCUCGCGUUUUUGGAUUUACUACUUGAAACUAAACAGGAUGGAGUACCCUUAAGUGACCAAGACAUACGUGAAGAAGUGGACACAUUCAUUCUUGGCGGUCACGACACCACUGCAACUGCGAUCGGAUGGUUGCUCUACCUUCUGGGUACAUGUCCCCAGAUUCAGGAACGCCUGUUCGAAGAAAUCGAUUCGGUGAUGGGUCAAGAUCGGGACCGCUCUCCGAAUAUGAGCGAACUGAAUGAAAUGAAAUAUUUAGACUGCUGCAUUAAAGAAGCUCUCCGGCUAUUUCCCAGUAUCCCGAUAAUUGCCAGAAAUCUUACCGAAGAUGUGCUAAUCGAUGAGUACACAAUUCCCGCCACUGCCAAUGCCAUCAUCGUGCUCUAUCAGCUGCAUCGCGAUCCGGAGGUUUUCCCGAAUCCGGAAAAAUUCGAUCCCGAUCGCUUCCUGCCGGAGAACAUCGUUGGCAGGCACCAGUAUGCUUAUAUCCCUUUCAGUGGGGGACCGCGAAACUGUAUCGGUCAGAAAUUUGGUUUGCUCGAGGAAAAAGCCGUUUUUACGGCAAUUCUCCGAAAGUACCGUAUCGAAUCGCUGGACCGCAGAGAAGACAUCACCUUGUACGGAGAGUUGGUACUGAAAUCUAAAUAUGGAUUAAAUAUAAAAUUAUUUAGAAGAGAUUAGGUUUAGAUUAGCCAAAACAAAAAUAUAGCUUC